AUGCCAGGUCUGAUCAACAAGGCCAAGCGCAGCGCGCUCCCACUCAGCGUCUCUGACAUCACUUCCUGUGUCCGGGGUUACACCUUGGCCGUGACAGACUCCAUGACAUGCAAUAUAGUGAUUUGUAAAACCUCCAUCGAGGAAGACUGCAUGCAUGUCCUGUCGGAUUUGUGUUCAGUCAUGAUGGAGUUCUGGUUGAUCUCGGCUCCUGGAGAGAAAACCUGCCAGCAGACGUGGGACAAGCUGAUGGUGGCCACCACUCGCACCAACAACCUGUCCACUAACAACAAGUUCAACAUCCCGGACCUCAAGGUUGGGACGUUAAACGUUUUAGUCGGACUCUCCAAUGAUUUGGCCAACUUGGACUCUUUUGUGGAGAGUGUGGUGAAGAAGGUAGCGCAGUACAUGGCCGACGUCCUCGAGGACAGCCGGGAUAAAGUUCAAGAGAACCUGCUGGCAAACGGAGUGGAUCUGAUCACCUACAUCACAAGGUUCCAGUGGGACAUGGCGAAAUACCCCAUAAAGCAAUCUUUGAAGAACAUUUCAGAAAUCAUAUCUAAGCAAAUCAUACAGAUUGAUAACGAUUUAAAGGCUCGAGCUUCAGCCUACAACAACCUGAAGGGAAACCUGCAGAACCUGGAGAGGAAGAACGCAGGGAGCCUGCUGACCCGCAGCCUGGCCGAUAUCGUAAAGAAAGAGGACUUUGUGCUCGACUCCGAGUACCUCAUCACUCUGUUGGUGGUGGUACCAAAGACAAAUUAUGCAGACUGGCAGAAGACGUACGAGACCCUGGCGGAAAUGGUGGUGCCGCAGUCCACACAUUUGCUGUUUGAGGAUCAGGACAGCGGGCUGUUCAGCGUCACACUGUUCCGCAAAACCAUCGACGACUUCAGGCACAAAGCCAGAGAGAACAAAUUCGUAGUACGAGAUUUCCAGUACAACGAGGAGGAAAUGAAGGCAGAUAAAGAGGAGAUGACGAGGCUCUCUACCGAUAAGAAGAAGCAGUUUGGUCCUCUGGUGCGAUGGCUGAAAGUGAACUUCAGUGAAGCCUUCAUCGCGUGGAUCCACAUCAAGGCUCUGAGGGUCAUAAAUGUCAACCUUUGGGUGUUUAUUGAGUCUGUGUUAAGGUACGGCUUACCUGUGAAUUUCCAGGCCAUGCUGCUGCAGCCGAAUAAGAAGAACAUGAAGAGGCUGAGGGAAGUGCUGUAUGAGCUCUAUAAGCAUUUGGACAGCAGUGCUGCUGCAAUUAUUGAUCAAUCUGCGAUGGACAUUCCCGGGCUGAAUCUGAGCCAGCAGGAGUAUUACCCCUACGUCUACUACAAAAUCGACUGCAACAUGCUCGACUUCAAAUAAUCCACAAAAAUAAUCCAGCACUGCGUGUCAGCACAUC